UCCGGCCAAAACGAAUUUAAUAAUCUUUAAUGUAUAUGUAUAUAUAUAUGGAGAGGGAGGGACAGAGAGAGAGUCCUGUUCCUUUUGCCGUCUCUUUCCCUGGGACGUGUAAGGACAGAACCGAGAAAGGGCCGGAAAGGAAGGAAGAAAAACUCGACCACCUCAGUCCCUCCUUCCCUUGUUGGUGCGUCGGACUGGUAUGUGAUGGGUUCGGGCAGUGGGUGCAGUUGCCGGGCACACCAUCUCUGCGUCAUCGUCAUGAUCAUCACCAGCUUCUUCCGCCAUAAGCUCACCACCACCUCCUUUCUCUUCUCCUCCUCCUGCUGAGAAACGCCCCUCGCCACCAGCUUAACCGCAACCCUGCUCUACUCUUCGAGUGGAGGAUAUUGAUCUUAGGUGUUAUGGAAUUCGCCUGAACGAAGGGCCAGGGCUCUGGCGUAAUGGCCGGUAGCAGCGUCUUCAGCGGAGAGCCGUCGUCCGAUGUCACCCCUCUGAUUUCCUCGCCCCGCAACUCGAUGGCUCCGCCGCUUUGCUCUUCUCAGAGCUUUCACGGUUCAACAGCCAUGGUCAAUCUUCAGAGGCCUGCAUCAGACGCAUCUGGAAGAUCAUUUCCCAGACCAUGUGACCAGGACUGGGAUGAAGGAUUAGAUGACUCUGUUAAUGCAUGCGAAAAAAAAAGAAGGCUGAGGCCUGAUCAAGUUCGCUUCUUGGAGAAGAGCUUCGAGUUGGAGAACAAGUUGGAACCUGAAAGGAAGGUGCAACUAGCAGUCAAUUUGGGGCUCCAACCUCGCCAGGUUGCUAUUUGGUUCCAAAAUCGCCGAGCUCGAUGGAAGACUAAGCAACUCGAGAAAGAAUAUGAUCAGCUGAAAGAGAAGUAUGACAGGUUGAAGGCUGAUCAUGAAGCCUUGAUCCAUGAGAAGGAAAAUCUUCAAGCUGAAGUCAUCAUGUACACAAAUUUAUUGAACUCCGAUAAGGAAGACAGAAGAGAACCACAAUCAGUUCCAGAUGUGAACAAAGAUCUUCAGAGCUCCCAGUAUGGACAUGCUGAUGCUCCUUCACGUGAGGAGCGUCUGGAGGAAGCCAUCCUUGCACAUAAACCAAAAUUCAGUUCUGCUAGCGUUGCCACUAUUGACCCUAAUCGCCAGCAGGUCUCUGAAGUCUCUCGAGCAGAUGAAGGCCAAGCGGAACUUGAAAAGAACCUCAUCACUGAGAGUCCUUAUGUUCCAAAAGUGGAGGAUGCCAUGUACAAGGAUCCGCCAGAAGGCGACUCUGCUAGCUAUGGGUUUGUGUCUGAGGAUCAGUAUCUCUGGUUUUGGCCCCUUUGAGCGUGUUUCCAAAUUUAGUUUGCUUCAUUGUGCAUAUUGUUUCGGUUGCUUCAUUGUGCAUAGAAACCAAUAAAUUGGAGAGAGGGGGAGAGAUUUCUGCUUUUCA